AUGAGAAAACUUUCAUUAAAGCUCGGAGGCCAAGGCGGAUUAAAGCUGGUCUCCAGAUUAAUGGAUCCAGAAGAAAUCAAAACAUUUCGAAAAAUUGUGCAAGAACUCCCAGCAACAAGUUCUCCAUUACCAGCUGGAGAUUAUAUGUUAGAGAAAGUUAUUCCAAAGCAUGGAACAGAUCUAACAAAGUAUCAACUAGACGAUGAUAUGAGAAAACUUGUAGCCAUGUACACAUCUUUGUUCUUUUCUGUUCAAGGCAAGGUAGAAGAAAUGAAAAAGGUUAUUGAUUUUAUGAGCAAAGCAGUCAUUAUCACUGCUACACAGCAACCUACAUUCGAGAGCUAUGUAUCUAUCGUAAUUAAAAUUUUAGAGAUGAAUAAUGAAGAAAUUAGCCUAUACGCUGUCGAUUUCGUUCAUUUGGCACUUAUUGCAGACACUCUCGCGCCUCUUCUUUUCGGAGGUACGAACAUUUCCAAAAUUUGGUUGAAUACUUUCGUAACAAACAAAAAUACGAACUCGGUUUUUGGCUCAUUAGUCCUAGAAGUUGUCAGCAAUAUCAAAUUUUUGAAUCCAGAAUAUUUCAACGAGCUAAUUAAAGUUUCAUAUGAAUAUAUCACGAAACAAGAUCAAGAAUUUGUAAAUCUUACACAAGCAAUCGAAUUUAUUGCCUAUGUAACAUGCAAUUACGACUGUACAAACUAUUUAGUCCAGAUUAUGCCAAAAAUUUUAGCAUUAUCUCCUAAACUUACAUCAAUGAACUGUUUUGCCAGUUUUCUUAAAGCUCCUGUAUUAAUACCAGCUGUUACAUGGACUCCUUUAUCAGAAAUCUGCGCUUCUAAGGACGCAACAGCUUCAACUCAUAUUUCAGCCCUUCACGCGAUUAUUAAAACAAAAUUAAUACCACCACCUGAUUCAUUUUCAUUCGAAAGCUUUACCAAAUCCAUUAAAGAUUUCUCUCAACAAGAUAUCGAAAAUUUAUUUUCAAUUAUUCAUCAAUGCGAUUACGUUACUAAGUCUAAUUUCAUUGCUGCAUGCUUACCUCUCGAACAAACUUGCUGUAAUGAGGAGUAUCUCUCGCAUUUAGUUACAGAUACUCAAUGGGACCAACAUAUUGGUCUUGUACUCAAUUCUAUCAUCGUAAACGUCGAUACUCAUACUCUUAAGAACUAUCUCGAGACGAAACCUGACUAUUUCGCUAUGUGUAAUGCCGCAUGUAACCAAAUUUACUCGGAUUGUGUUGCUUCUGUGGCCGUUCUAAUGAAAUUCAUCGAACUUACACGUAUAGACUGCGAACUCGUAUCGUCUUUGCUCUCAAAACUCCUUGACCGAGCAAAUGUUGCAAUCACUAUACCACAAGUCGUAUUAGAGCUUACGAAAGAUAUACCAGACUUCACAUUAAACUGUUUCGCGAACGCUGCAAGAAGGAUUCAUCUUUUUAACAAAGAAUUUUUCAAGCAAGAUUAUAUUCCAUGCUUAAAGAACAUUGCAACGACACGAGCAGGUCUUGGACUUAUUUCUGCAUUGGCAAUUGACGGUCCUGUCCAAGAAAUCGAUGAUUUUGUCUCUAAUAAUUGGAAUUUAUUUGAAAAGUGGUCGGAGAAUGACCUCAAAAACCUGAUGUAUGGAGUCCCUCCAGGCUCAGAUACAGUAGGAUUCAUUCGAAUUCCUUCAAUUAUUCCACAUCUCAAAAUAACCGAGGCCAGGAACCCAUUUGAUAAGAUUAUGCUUGCAAGGAACAUGGUAAAUCCAACAAAAGAUGAAAUGAAACUGUUUAUUUCCCAAGGUUUCAAUGGUGAACAAAUGAAACAAAUUAUGCACGACCCAGAAUUACUUUUAAUAGCAACAUCUACGUCAGAACCACAAAAAGGAACAAUUGUGUUCCAUCCUGCAGCUCGAGAUCCGUCUUUGACCACAUUAUGCGCUCCGAUUUUCUCAUUUUGGAUGUUCCCGUACGAAAUAACCAUGAAAACCGUCAUUUUCAGUUACAACAACCUUUUAGUGGAGAUGAAUCCCGAAGGAUUGAUCGUUUUCGGAGGAAAUCCCGUAAAAUACGAUAUGAAGAGAUGGAAUCUAAUAACGAUCAUCAACGAUUCAAAGGCAUUAUCCGUAUAUCUCAAUGGCCAAUUUGCUGGCCAAUCCAAAUCAAUAAUGCCGAAGUAUAUUAUAUUUGGCGGACCAAACACGACUUCUAUCUGGCUUAUGUCGUCAUCGUUAAUAACAGACGAUCUCGGUGUUUCCAAGGAGCAUCACAUGAACAGAAUCCUCGAAGAAGGACCAAAUGUCCAGUAUCUCUCGAACAUGAGAAUUUCUGCAGGCGCGAAGAUCGUAAACUACGAAGGAUUCAUCAGACAUUUCGAUGGCCUCGGCGGACCUCAAUUUAUCUUCAAUGAACUAUUAAAUUGUAAAGAAGACGAAGUUGAGAGAUUCGAGACCGGUCUUAAAGUUGCUUUCAACAUGAUGAAACUCGGCAUCUUCAAGAAGAUCCAUUUCUACAGGUUUAUGAAAUAUUUAUUAUUUAGAAGAGACGAAAUGUACACUCCGAGUGUUGAGAACAUCAUUUUCGAUGGUAUUACAGACAAAGGAGUUGUCGAUAUCGCUUCAGCGUUCUCCAUUUAUACGGAUUACAGAUUAUUAGUUUCUCAGAAGAUCAAUUUCGUAUUUGUACACAGAUUGAUCGAGCAUGUUGACAAUUCUCCUGAAAUGGGAUUAUUCUUGUCGUAUCUUAUUGACAUUUUCUCCUUCUUUUUGUUAUCAAAUGAAGCUCAAGAGCAUUGUUUGAGUUUAAUUGAGAUAUUUGUGCAGAAAUUCCCUAUCCUCCUGCAAAAGAUCGCAUUGGUGAUGAUCUCCAUCCCUCACAUAGAGACAGAUGACGUAACUCCUCUCUACCAAGAAGGUUCACUCGAAAUUCAAAGAAAAUUUUACAAAAUGUUGACAAUGAAAAGUGACACUUUUUAUGAAAUUUUUGGUUCGAAACAGGCAUUUCAAUUAGCCAGUCUGUUAAAUACAGAGCUAUGCUUAUCAUUACUUGAUUUCAUAUCACAGAUAUGCAUUUCUAAGUAUGAUUACUUCAAUUUGGCCGAAUUUAAGAAAUUAAAAUACAUAUUCAGGGAUGAAGCCAAAGAUAAAAGAGUCUGGUUGAUACUAUUCACACUCUUUACACAAAGCAAACAUGAUACAAUCACUGAAUAUAAGAAUGAACAAGUUAGAAGAAUAGAAAUUAUCUCAUUCAUCUUAAAUUCAAUGAGAAACAUCAUCAACAAAGAAAAUGAUGCUCUCUGCACAGAGAUAAUUGAAACAUUCUCUCAAAUUUGUUCGAAUUCUAACUUAACUUUGACUAAUUACGCUAAAAAAGUGUCAGUUUUAGUUUCUCUUGGAUAUAAUGAGAGGGAAUUGACACCUUUGAAGUAUACUUUGAUAAGAAUUGACGAAAACGUCAAAGUAAAGCGUAAAUUGACAUCAAAAAUCAGAGCAUCAUUUGAUAAUUUCGUUGAUGUGAGGAUGUUGCAGUUUAAAGACCAACUGAAGUAUUUCGAUAGGUUCUUAUUUAACGAAACUGUUGAUUACUUAUCCGCGAAACCUUUGAUUGUUGAUAAUUCCAAUUUUGUUGAACCUCCUCAGAAAAAUUUGCCAGAAAAUUUGAAAGAAAUUUUUGACUUGGAGUCAACAUUACAAAUCAGUCGAUUAGCAGCGAAAGUAAUCUUCCAAUCAGCAUUAGCAGGUGAAGAUAAGCUGAAGAAAGCUUUAAUCUGUUUGUUGAUUAACGGUGCUGAUGUUUCACAAGAAAUACAAAUAGAAAUGCAGCACAAAAUAAUUUAUGAAUUUUUGGCAUUGAAUUUACAACAAAUUCCAACCGAUGUCAGAUUUGUUUUUUACCACUUUUUGAUUUGUAGAAUAAUUGAAGGCUGGUGGACAGAUUGCAUUGAUGAAAUAUAUGCUUUGUUGUCUAUACAUAUACAGAAUGAAACAAACAAUGAAAUAAUUGGUGCCUUUGUCGUAACAAUUUUAUCGCAAGCACCAAAUGAUGAAAUGAAAUUGUCAAUUGCUAGAAAAAUGGUAAAUUCUUCAAUGUUUAAGGUUAUUGUAAAUAAUUCAAAGAUUCUUUCGAGUUUCAUUUCGAUCAUUGUCACUCGCGAGAUCUCUGAGAAACAAGAAGCACAAGAUCUUUAUAAAUUAAUCGCUUCACUUUUGUCAGAAAGUGAACUGACCAAUUUAUUUAGUCAAGGAAAAGCAAUUGAAUGGCUUGAUUCUAAACCAACGAUUCCUUUGACAUUCCAAGAUUAUUUCAAAGACAUUUAUGCUGAUGCAACAGCUAAUUCCAUUUAUAUACAAAAGGAAAGACAGUUUGUAACAAAGAAAUCAUCACAAUCAAAACGUUAUUUGUCGAUUUUGUUUAGUACAAAUCAUGUUUGUUUCAUAAGAAGAGCUUUUCGUUUCCAAUUCUUCAUUCAUUACAACUUUUCUUCACAAGCUGUGAAUUACGCGGUAGAUCUGUUGUUUAAGAACGCUAAAUGCCAGGAAUUGGCUCAAAUGAACUACGACAAAUCAAUGUUCUUGCAGGCUCCUUCUCCUUUCGUUCCGCCUCUUAAAUUGAUGCCGUUAAUUAUAAAUUAUGAAGCUCAGUUUACAAAAAGUGCCAGAAAAGUGGCAUCACCAAUGUCAAUUCACAAACAGCCAUUUGUAGCGAAAGCAGACUUUAUUAUGCAGAGUGCCAUGGCAGCGAAAGUAUAUGAUGGCUGGAAUCUUCCAAGUUUUGUUCCAUUUGGAAUUAAUUUGAUGAUAGAAUUGAUGUACAAACCGACAGAAAAAAUUUUCGCAUGUGCAAUGUUGAAUAAUCCUGAGAGUUUGCCAUGUAUCGGUGUCAUUUCUUCUGAGAAUUUGUAUAUUAUUACUAACGCGUCAAUGAGUAACCAAGGCGAAGUAAUAAUGAAUGACAUCGGAGAUCAAAUUUGUCAUUCAAGUUUGAUUGAAAGUUUGCCAUUCGGAAUCAUGGCGAAAACAACCUUGUUUUUCAAUCAUUCUGUGAUCCACAUCAACUACAAGGACAUCUGUUACACAAUACCAAGGAAAUUCAUCCACGAAGACACUGCUCUUGAUAUUUAUACAUAUCAAGGAAAUUCUUUCUCUUUGGUUUUGUCAGAAAAUGUCAGAAGAACAAUUUCUUCAAAAGUGACAUUUGCAAAACAUGAAUCACAACGAGGACCGCUUUGGGCCAUCAAGUUAUUUGCCGAGAAACCACAAACAAUAUCAGAAUUGUGGUCUAAUGGAGAAAUUUCCACUUUUGAUUAUCUUUUGUAUUUGAAUGCUGUUGGAUUACGUUCUUUUAAUGAUUAUUCCCAAUAUCCUGUUUUGCCAUGGGUUAUUUCGGAUUACAAGAAUGAUAAUGGUUACGACAAACUCAGAGAUCUGAAGAAACCAUUGGGAAUGAUUGGCGAACAAAGAGCAGAGAAAUUUAAACAAAUGUACAUAGAAACAGGAGAAAGAUACUUUUAUGGAACUCAUUAUUCAUAUCCUGCAACUGUUUUAUAUUAUAUGAUGAGAUGCGAACCAUAUACUAUUUAUAAUGUUAGUUUGCAUAAUGGUUUCGACCACAAAGACAGAUUAUUCAUCAAUAUAAAUGAAACAUGGAAUUCUGCUUCUGCAGGAAACCAAGCUGAUUUGAAGGAAUUAAUUCCUCAAUUUUUCUGUUGUUUCGAAUAUUUGACUAAUCAAAACAAUUUACCAUUGACGACAAGAACUGAUGGUACAGAUCUUUGCAACGUUGUCCUUCCUAAAUGGGCAUCAUCUCCAUUGGAAUUCAUGGUUAUUUCUCGCAGAGUUUUGGAAUGUCCGAGUGUUCAAAUGAUGUUAAAUGAUUGGAUCGAUUUAAUCUUUGGAUACAAAGAGACAGGACAAGCAGCUAUUGACGCAUGCAAUGUUUUCCAUCCAUUAAGUUACGAGUACCAGCCUCUACAAUUCACAGAUGACCAAAGAGAAAUGAAAGCACAAGUUGAUGCAAUUAAUAAUUUCGGUCAAUGUCCACACCAAGUUUUUGAAGAACCAUCAAUUAAGUUUAAUAGUAAGAAUUUGUCUGAUUUGUCUAAUUCUGAGUUUUCUGUUUUCGGUCUUAAAUCAAUGGACGUUAAAAAUGCAGAAUCGUUAAUUUACUAUGACAUGGAUUUGAUUGCAGCUCCUAAAUUAGAACAUUUCAUGUUUGGAAAUUACAUAAAAAUUCUUGGAAAAUGUUUUGAUUUCAACAAAGAAAUUAUAUUAGAAGAUUCCAAUUUCAACAUACAAUGCUCUAAUAUUUCUAAAGACCAUCUCUUCCUUGUAACAGGAUCAGAAAAUGGUGUCGUAACAACUUAUAUUUUGAGAGAAAAUUCACUCUCAAAAUUGAAUACAACUCCUUUGUUUACAAAAAUCCACUUUUUGACUGUAUCAUCUCACUUAUCCAUUAUUUGUGUUUCUACGAAAGAUUUUGUUAUGACCAUUGAUCUUUCAUCAGGAAUACCAAUGAGAAAAUACAAUAUUUCAGGUGUCAAACAAAUUGUUAUUGAUGAAACAUCAUUUUUGAUUUAUGUUGCAACAGAAAAUUCUGUAAUUGUUUUUACACAGAACUUAGAGAAGUUGAUUGAAUCAGAAACUAAAGGUCUUACAUGCAUCAAUAGUAAUGAUUCUAUAUUAUGGACAUCUACACCAUUCUUUGUCAGUGGACAUGAAAAUGGCGAUGUUUUGAUUUGGAAUUUAGAUUUGAUCAAAAACAAAUUAAUUAGUAAUGUUUUGUUUAAUACUAAUGAAAUUGCUGUUUCUGCAUUGACUGUAUUUGGUAAAGGAAAGUGCUGUGCAGCAGUUAAUGCACAAGGAGGUCUAUUUGCUUGUGUUUCAAAUGAUGUUCAGAAACAACUUUUGAAAUCAAAUCUUUUUGAAUUUUGUCCUUGCUGCAAAUCGAAGUUAAAUGAAUUAACUAUUUGUCCAAAGUGCGGCUUACCUGUUUGCCAGUCUUGCAUCACAGAAAGCGGAUGCGCAAAGUGCGUUGCAAAGCUUUCUAUUGAUGAACAUAUUCAAUCACAAUAA